GGAUUCCCACUUGUUUGGCCACCUGCCGCCUCAGACACGCGCCAGCAUGAGCGACGCGGAGGAGAAUAACUUCGAGGCGAGGGAAUCACGCUCCCAGUCAAAAUCUGCAGCUGCGAGUCCUGCUCGUGCAAAAUCUGAGAGCAGGUCAGGAUCUCGUAGCCCAUCAAGAGCUUCUAAACAUUCAGAAUCACACUCACAAUCAAGAUCAAAAUCCAGAUCUAGAUCCAGAAGACAUUCUCACAGGCGAUAUACUCGCUCUAGAUCCCAUUCUCACAGGCGGCGAUCACGGAGUAAAUCAUAUACCCCAGAAUAUCGGCGUCGAAGGAGUCGAAGCCACUCUCCUAUGUCCAACCGAAGAAGGCACACUGGCAGCAGAGCUAAUCCAGAUCCUAAUACAUGUGUUGGAGUGUUUGGCCUCAGCUUAUAUACUACUGAGAGGGAUCUUCGAGAAGUCUUUUCCCGUUACGGGCCAUUGAGUGGAGUCAAUGUUGUGUAUGAUCAGCGGACUGGGCGAUCAAGAGGAUUUGCAUUUGUUUACUUUGAAAGAAUAGACGAUUCUAAAGAGGCAAUGGAACAUGCAAAUGGAAUGGAGCUGGAUGGUAGAAGAAUCAGAGUGGAUUACUCUAUCACAAAGAGAGCACACACACCUACCCCUGGCAUCUAUAUGGGCAGACCAACUCACAGUGGUGGUGGUGGAGGAGGAGGAACUGGCCGUCGCCGUGAUUCCUAUUAUGACAGAGGAUACGACAGAGGAUAUGACAGAUAUGAAGAAUAUGAUUAUCGCUAUAGGAGGCGAUCACCUUCACCAUAUUAUAGUCGUUACAGAUCAAGAUCAAGAUCUCGUUCCUACAGUCCAAGGCGUUAUUAAGAAAAACAGUCAGUUACAGAGCAAAUACAAUUUUUCAACAGCAUGUUCCGAACCUAGCUUUUCCUGUUGGUUCCCUACCAUUAUCCUGUAUCCAAUUAAAAUGUUCCUGGUUCAUUAAGAUGUAUUUUCUUUUGAAAUACCUUUUUUCUUCUCUUCUUAUUAUAAUAUUCCAGGUGUAAUUGUUGUAGUUUUAUGUACUUAAAUAUCUUUAAACAAAAAUUAAUGGGAAUCCCAAGAGUGGUAAAAUAUUUUGUAAUUCAUGCAUUUGUUUGUUUUUUUAAACAAGUGGAUUUUUGUUCAACCUCAUGGAGAAAGAACUGGUGUGCUAAUGCUUGCAUGUCGUAUUUUCAGUAGAAAACUACUACUUUAAUAACCUCUCAUCUUUUGUUUCAAAAAAAUCUGCUUGUCCAGUUUAUUUCACUCUAACACAAUUUGGUAUGUUAAUCUGAAGCCAGAAUUUCCUGUAUCCUUGGUUUAAUAAUUAAAAGAAUAUUGGACUGGAAGGACUAUCCCUUGGAGGGUGAGAAAAAAACCCUUAUACCCGACAUUCUCUUUAAUGAGCUUUGGUAAAAUAAUUCCAGUACUGCUGAGAGGAAAUUGAAAUUUCUUUUAAAUACCAAGCUGACCUGCAAAGUAUUCCUCCUAUUUUUAUUACUCCACAAUCAGGAUAAGCCUAAGUGACUGGAUAUAAGAAUUAUUUGAUCUGUUCACACAAGUCUACAUGAUACAGAAAUUAAGAUAAAGCAGGUUCUAGUUAGUGGUAUGGUCUGAAAUUGUAAUUAUUUGACUUUUCAAAAUAAAUUUAAAUUGUACAAAUGUA